UUGAUUCAUCAAAUAUCAAGGUUGACAGUGUCAAUAUGAACCAAUCGAAACUCUCGUUACAAAAUAUACACCAAUCAAUAUCGAUUUUACAUUUAGCCUCAUUUCCAUUUCAACAUGGAUGCCAGUGCAGACAUUGAACUUGAAUCUGAAAACUCCCACUCAUCUAGUCCAAGACCAGCAAGGAAGAAUAUCACACUCAAGUUAAAGACAGAGAAAUCGGCGUCAUCAUCAGGCCGAGGUCGACCAAGAAAGUCAUCAAAAGCAGUGAAGAAAGAAGAUAGUGAUCAUCAGUCAGCUGCAGAGGAUGAGGUGUUAGAUACACCAAUAUUUAAGACCAUGGAACCUGGUGAACCCCUUCACCACAAUAAGAAGUUAAGAUGGGACCACAAGGUGAACUUGCUUGGAGAGAAGGUGGUUGACCCUCUGAUCCAUUGCUGUGAAAUCUGCUCUCUACCAAUCCUUAUCUAUGGUAGAAUGAUACAGUGUAAGCAUGUGUUCUGUUUUACAUGUGCCAAGAAGACAGAGAAAACCUGUACAAGGUGUGGGGAUCCUGUACAAAGGAUAGAGCAGUCUGCACUUGGUACAGUAUUUCUUUGUACAUAUGGAGGCUCGAAACAUGGUUCUAAUGGCUGUAGAAGAACGUAUCUGUCACAGCGUGAUCUCAAUGCACAUAUUGGUCAUAGACAUUUGAAACACGAGAUCAAAGAUGCCAACUUAUCUCUUGCUGCCCAGAAAGCUGGUGCAGUACUAACAGCACCAAAGGUGUCAGUUAACCCAUCGCCCUCGCAGCCUGCUCAGCAGCAGGCAUUCUUAGAGCAGUUUACGUCAGCAAUACGUCAGGUAGCCGCUGCAACAGCUGUUGCUGGACGAGCGUCACAGGAAGGCUUAUACUUACAAGGGCAGGUUGGAGGUGUUCAGCACAGUUUGCCUAUUUCUACAUCACACCAACCACAAUUAGCUUCUGGACUUCCUUCCCAGCAAAUGUAUUCACAUGCUGGGUCAAUAAUGCAGAGUUUACCAUCUUCACAACCAAUGCUGUCUCAAGCGACCAUUUCAUCGACAGCUGAUAAUUAUACGUCAGCUAUACCAGUAGUGGGCUCCAGAAUUAAGACACUUAUAAGUGUACCUAUACAAGAUGAUGACUAUACUAAAAAACAACAGACUUAUCAGACUCAUCCGGUAGCUGGAGCAACAAUGCCAAACAUGAACUACCCACCACCAUCAUUGGGGCAGUACCCUGUGGGAAGCAUUGCUCCAAAUAUACACCAGCCACCCCCUGGUGUACCACCUCCUAUGUUUUCAAGUCAAACAAUCCCUAGUUCAUCAUUUACAAGCCCGCCACCCGGGCCUGUUCCACAGAUGAUUCAAUCAGGGCCACCAAGAGGCCCACCUACAAUGGGUGCAUUACCUGGCGCACCUCGUUUCUUUGACAAUCAAGGUCCACCACGAGGCCCUUGGAGAGGUGCGCCUCCAAGAGGACCUGGAGGUCCACCUCAUCCUUCAAGAGGGCCUCCUAGGGCAGAUUAUAAUUACUAUUAAACUGGUAUAUUUAAGUGUAAAUAGCAAAGUUAAAGUUAGAAAUUAAUUUGUGAAAGACACUCUUAACAGAAUUAUGUGAGCAUUGUAUAUUUUUUUGCACAAAAUUGAAUUUUUCACUGUAUAAGAAAAUUCCUUCAUUGACUUUGAAUUAUCAGAAUUUUUGUUUUGAUUUUAUUCAUUGUUUCUCUUUAUUUAUGAAAUAAAUUUAUCAUGAAUGUACAAAAACUAAUUGAUAUUUUUUUGUAAAAAAGGUUAUUUCAAUGUAUGUUUGUCUUGGAUCAUGGAUUAAUUAUUUCUGAAUCAUGUUGUAUCUUUUUGUUGUUUAAAUCACUUCAGUAAAUUAUACCAAAAAAUGUUAAUGUUAUGUAAGUCAUCAUAAGCAUCAAUUAUGUCUUGUGUUCACAAAAUAAAGAAACAAGAUUUUUA